AUGUCGACGCUGCCUCUCACAUAUGUAGCGGCAGUCCGCUCGACCACGACCGCGGAGGUGCAACCUGACGUGGCCACAGAUCCCAGGGCUUCGGACUCUGUCCUAGAUACACCCAUGGACACUUCCAGUCCGGAAGGCAUCGCUGUUCCUACUACAGAAGUACCGGUGGCCAGUAGCAUCUCGGCGGUUCCGUCUUUAGACAGCCACCACGAGGUUGCUCACUCCCAGGCAGACCACACUGGUCGCCACGUUAGCAGCAAUAUGGAUCCCAUUUCCGUUCAAAAUGCACUUCCACCUGCACAGGACUCCUCUUCUACCUCGUCGGCUGCAGAUCUUCAAAGCGUCGCAACCUCUCCCCAGAAACACAAGAAAAGGAGGAUCGCCCACAAGGCUGCCGCCAACGCCGCACCACCUUUGCGCGAAAAAGGGGCGCAAAUUGCCCGUUCCUUGCCUGACAUCUCUCUUGACCGCCCCACUGAGCAGCCGCAGCAUGAGACCCCACAGGUCUCGGACGUCUCCGUGCCCCACCCCGAUGGUGCCGGCCAUGUCGCUGCGAACGAGGGACAGACCCCUCGUGAGGACCUCCGAGAUACCCCCGAACAUCAGUCUCACAAUGAUCAGGGCUCAAUUGGCGAGGUGGCCGCUGUUCAUGUGAUCGAGCCUGCAAUACCACCUGCCACCAACAAAUCGGAUGUGGAACCGGAGGAUACUACCGACCAACAGCAACUGACAACAACUUUGAGUGUCACAGGCGAUGCACAACAGCCGCCUCAACGCGACCAACAUGAGGAAGUGGCGGGUAAACAUCGCCUUCACAACAAACCACGACAACAAGCCUCUGGUGGAAACAAACAAGAGAAAGCAGUUGCCAAACAACAGCUCACGAGUGGUGCGCAAGCUGCGAAGCGCAAAAGCGAGCAAGGUAGCGAGCAGCUGCCGCAGCGCACACGCAGGCAUUCGGCGACGUCGGCCGCCGGUGCAGCCACAACACAGGCGGACGAUGCCACGUACACAGACACCGCUGGCGGUCGUGCCCAACAGACCGACCGACCAGCGGAGACGCCCUGGUGGAAGCAGGAGGAGGACGACCCUGGACCCCAUUAG